UUUUUUCAGAUUCUUCUACUUGAAAGACAGAUAUUGAAGCCAACAGCAGCACAGUUCCGCCUGUGGUUUGGAUCUUCUUUUGCACACAACACACUUGCAAUCACAAAGGAUACCUGGAAGUGUCAGAAGGACCUUGCGCAACCGAAUACGCCAUGCUUCCCGCACGGAAGCCAGACCUGGAAGUUUGUGCAUUAUUUAUUGCGCGUUGUCCAUCAUUUGCAUGUGGUAUGGCAGGAGGGAGGGCCGAUCGGCAAAAACGGCAGAGCUCGGUAUUUGUAGGACAAUGGAAGGACGAGCGCAAGAGAACAAUCACCACAUACAUACUUGGCACUACGCGAGAAGCUUUAAUUCCCAAUCAUGAUCUGCCUCCUGUGAUCACGCCAAGAACCAGAGCUAUUGGCGUUGUUGUUUUGCGAGACACAGCUACAGAUGUAGGCGCAGGAUGUAGCAGCUGGCUCAUGUAUAUUGGCACGAGCUAUCCAGCUCGUACUUUGCUGAUACUCGCCAAAAAUACUAAUCGCAGACAACUUUUUGAAUUAUAUUCAAUAUUACCAAAAUGCGGUCCAAAGCCAAGCCGCUAUCACGCAGACUGCCCAGUUGGAAAGGGUACUUUUGCAAUCCCCUCACGGCGUGGACCUAGUAUUGGAGGGGAAUACCGCCCCAAUCUCACUCUGUACACGUAUCAGCAGCGGAUGAGAAGGAUGUGCCGUACAUUGAUGAAUCCUAAAAACAGAAAACCCCGCUACACCCUGCCUGCUGUAACUUGUUCUCACAGUCGAGGUUUCACAAAAUAGGGUAGAUGCAUAUAUAGGCACUCCUUCAUGAGGAAUGCUGAUAAUGAGACGCG